AUGCGUUUCAACGUUGGUGCAAAGAAACUUAUCAGCUCAGACUGUUUUCGGCUAUUGGGUUUAGUGCAGGAGGUCCAGAAUGACGUCGAAGUGAUGAAGCCUGUCUUGUGCGAGCUAGAGGUGAUGCGGCUGAGCGGAAUAAUGUCGUCAGUAAAUACCAGAGAUUUUAUGAUGGAGAUGCUAGAAUCUCGUGAGUUCGAUGAUGACUUUGUUCUUUUUCUUCGCAAGGAAAUUUUUGGGCCAAAUAAGGACCAAGCGUCGAACGACAUCAAGGUUAUAUCCCUGUUUGGCAAACAAGAUGCAGUAAAGCACGAGCUGAAUAAUUUGAGCUGUUGGUCGGUCGAGGUGAGCAACAACUUGAAUAAAGAAGACCAGGGGGUCUACUGUGUCACUCGUCAGAACGACGAGGCUCCAGGGCGCUUGCUGGUUUUGUUUGGGUGGAUUCAAGAUUUUUUGUUCAAGAAGGAUCGAUUGCGUGAUACUGUGACGUAUAUGCUUUGUUUUCUGACGUGCCUAAACCCAGAUAUGGUGUGCUGCCUAUCGCCGGAAGAUGUUGAGCUAGUUGAGCGAACGGUAGUCUCCAUGAAAUCGAACCAUUUGGACGCUUGGAAAUCGUUUUCAGUUGCAUUCAUGUGA